UAAAACAAGAAGAGCCAGAAACCGGGAGAAUAAAACAAGAGGAACCAGAAACCAGGAGAAUAAAACAAGAGGAGCCAGAAACCGGGAGAAUAAAACAAGAGGAACCAGAAACCUGGAGAAUAAAAGACGAGGAAUCAGAAAAUGGGAGAAUAACUGGAGGCAGAGCGAAUAAAACACGAGGAACCAGAAACCCGGAGAAUAAAACACGAGGAGCCAGGAGAAUAAAAGACAAGGAACAAGGAGCCCUGAUGAAAAUGAAAGAAGAAAGGCAAGAUCUGAAUGAGGUGGAGGAGAAAUAUCGGGAUCAGAAAGAUCAGGAUGUCAAUGGAGAAAAAUCAGUGAGUUCCAGCCUUAAAACAACAGAAGUCAAGAGGCCUUUCAGCUGCGCUCAGUGUGGAAAGAGUUGCACAAGUAACAGAAUUCUUAAGAGGCACAUGUUCAUUCAUACUGGAAUAAAGCCUUUCAGCUGUGCUCAGUGUGGAAAGAGUUUCAGAAGUAACACAAUUCUUAAGAGGCACAUGUUAAUUCAUGCUGAAUCAACGCCUUUCAGCUGCUCUCAGUGUGGAAAGAGUUUCAGAAGUAACAAAAUUCUUAAGAGGCACAUGUUAAUUCAUUCUGAAAUAAAGCCUUUCAGCUGCACUCAGUGUGGAAAGAGUUUCGCAUGUAACAGAAAUCUUAAGGGUCACAUGUUAAUUCAUGCUGGAAUAAAGCCUUUCAGCUGCGCUCAGUGUGGAAAGAGUUUUACAAGUAAAGCAGCCUUAAAGAUUCACAUUUUAAUUCAUACUGGAAUAAAGCCUUUCCGCUGCUCUCAGUGUGGAGAGAGAUUUACACACAAAGCAAAGCUUGAACAACACAUGUUAGUUCAUACAGGAAUAAAGCCUUUCAGCUGCUCUCAGUGUGGAAAGAGUUAUACACAUAAAACAAGCUUAAAGUAUCACAUGCUAAUUCAUGCUGGGAUAAAGCCUUUCAGCUGCUCUCAGUGUGAAAAGAGUUUUACAAAGAAAGCAAGCUUAAGGUAUCACAUGCUAAUUCAUGCUGGGAUAAAGUCUUUCAGCUGCUCUCAGUGUGAAAAGAGUUUUACAAUUAAAGCAAGCUUAAAGAGUCACAUGUUAAUUCAUGCUGAGGCAAAGCCUUUCAGCUGCUCUCAGUGUGUAAAGAGUUUUACAAAUAAAGCAAGCUUAAAGAGUCACAUGCUAAUUCAUGCUGAGGUAAAGCCUUUCAGCUGCUCUCAGUGUGAAAAGAGUUUUACAAAUAAAGCAAGCUUAAGGAGGCACAUGUUAAUUCAUGCUGAGGUAAAGCCUUUCAGCUGCUCUCAGUGUGAAAAGAGUUUUACAAAUAAAGCAGGCUUAAAGUAUCACAUGUUAGUUCAUACUGGAAUAAAGCCUUUCAGCUGCUCUCAGUGUGGAAAGAGUUUUACAUAUAAAUCAAUCUUAAAGAGUCACAUGUUAGUUCAUACUGGAAUAAAGCCUUUCAGCUGCUCUCAGUGUGAAAAGAGUUUUACAAAUAAAGCAAGCUUAAAGAGGCACAUGUUAAUUCAUGCUGAGGUAAAGCCUUUCAGCUGCUCUCAGUGUGGAAAGAGUUUCACAUAUAAAGCAGGCUUAAAGAAUCACAUGUUAAUUCAUGCUGGGAUAAAGCCUUUCAGCUGCUCUCAGUGUGGAAAGAGUUUCAUACAUAAAGAAAUGCUUGAAAAGCACAUGUUAAUUCAUGCUGGGAUAAAGUCUUUCAUCUGUGCUCAAUAUUGAAAUACUUUUACACAGUAAGGACAACUUAAUAAUCAUUUGGUAACUCACACUUCAUAAAAACCUUUCUGCUGCUCUCAGUGUGGAAACACUUUCACGUUUAAAUCAAGCCUUAAGAGGCACAUGUUAAUUCAUACUGGGUAAAAGUCUUUCACUUGCUCUCAGUUUGGAAAAACUUUUACACAGAAAGGACAUGGCGAGGUUCAUUUGGUAACCCACUGUUCAUAAAAGCCUUUUACCUUAGGCUGUAAAAGUAAUUGACUGUUUUUCUGAAUGACUGUCAUCAACUGGAUCACCUCAAGGAUGUGUCCUCUUCCCCCUUAUUAUUUAUCUUUUACACAAAGACUGUAAGAGUAGUUAUAGAAAUAGGCAUUCUGUAAUUCUGUAAUGUACACAAUUCUGUAAUCGUUAGCUUAAUAAGUGAGGAGGACUCCAUAAUUUGCCCUAUGGUUUAUGAUUUUAUUAUGUGGUGUCAGAAUGUUUUCUUAAAACAAAGGCACAAUAUGUAAUUUUCACUGAUGGAGGGCAUUUAUUCAAAAUAAGCGUCUUAAGUGCAACAAGACCAAUGAACAAGUGUGACAAACGUACAGCUCGAAAGCAGCGGAGCUUUAAUUAUUCCAGAGUUGAUCGCUUCAGCUGCUUCCAGUCGUGCGUAUGAGAGGUAAAUCAGUACUGUUUUAUCAUACUAGAUAUGUUUCGAAGUCCUCCACAACAUUAAAGCAUCUUUGGUGGUUCCAUGUUUUCUACAAAAUAAAAUCGGAAAUUGAGGGGUUAUGAAGUAAUUGGCAGGUGACACAAUGAAACUAUGGCCACUGUCUGUGUUAACUAGUUGUAAACAUUCUUCGAAACAUUUGGGAUAAUGUAAGUACACAAGUCAGCAAAUUAUAUAACACUUAUAGUGGUUUUGGGAUAUUGUAAUAAAAUAAUCUCACAUAUUGUGCAUUUACUGUUUAUAAAACUAAGGAGAUGACUAUUGAUUUUAACUCUUGGAUAAAAUCUAUUUAGUAUAAGCAAGCAUUAAUGGAGUAGGUAUUGAGAGUGUUAAACAGUACAAGUAUUUGGGCACUGUGUUGGAUAACACAUUGUAAUUUUCUCCCAAUACUGAGGUUUUGUGUAAGAGGGGGCAGCAAAGAUUGUAUUGCUUGUGGAAACUAAGGUUUAUUAAUAUGGAAAAAACACUGAUGUGCAUGAUAUACAGAUCCUAUAUUGAGUUACUGUUAUCUUUUUCACUGCUGUGCUGGUUUAGUCCUCUAAAAGUGAAAAACAUGAAUUGUCUUGAUUGUAAACCAGGGAAGUAAAAUAACUUUCAUUUAUCUCCUCAGUUGUAAAGUUUUUAAUUUUAAGGUAAAAACAUUUUAGGAAGGAAAUUUAUUGGGUUUUUGUUGUUUAUGUGAAAUGUUUGAUUGCUACAACCAAAUUGCAUUUGGGAAAUAAAUAAAAAUGAAUUGAACUGAA